AUGGCUGACUAUUGGUAUCAACAGAAGACAAUCAGCCAGGUAACCCAAAUGCUGCGGGGCAUUAGAACCAGCCGGUCUCGAAGCCCCGACAACUUCUCUAGCAACGACCGGACGCCGCCCACUGAGAGAAUUGUUAUUUACCCUUCUUACUGCAGCCAGACGCUCAAUUCUAGCGCUCCUUUCAAUUUGCAUGUCCGCGGCUGGCUGUACUCCCCUGGCGCAAUGAGCAGGAAGAACCGGCUAAUGAUUGCCACCGCUGAACGGCUAGUAGGCAACCCAACAGUGGGAUCACCGGGAUUCGAUGAUGAUGGCCUGCUCGAUAAAGGUGCUACUAGCUCUACUGGGGACCUGCUGGUCGACAUUGACUCGGACUACCCUACGAUCGACAAAAAGCUGGCCGGGAGGUCCGCAUCAAACAGCUGGGACAAUUGCCAAGGAGCACCGCGGAGCCCGCUACGGGAGAGAAUGGCCGCGGUACUGCACAAGUCCUUGGGUGAUCGUGAAAUUGCUAUUGAUAUUGAAGGUGGGCUCGAGACGGAGCGCUAUUACCUGGUGACGGACGAAGGCGGACGAUUUAAUACAACCUAUCCGUUAACCUUUCAGCCAACAAGAGUGGUGGUUUCAAGCAGCGAAACCUCGAGCUCCGUGGAUCCCAUUGUCAUUCAACCGCACGGAGUUACUGUGAUUAGCGAUAUUGACGAUACCAUUCGACACACUGGAGUUACUGGGGGGAAGCGAGAGGUGUUGCAGAACGUCCUGGUUAAAUCAUUUGAGGAUGUCAGACUUGACGGAAUCUCUGAAUGGUAUCGUCACAUGGAAGAACGGGGUGCAGUGUUUCAUUACGUUUCGAAUUCUCCCUGGCAACUGUACCAGCCCAUCAUUGAAUUUUUGUCCUAUGAGGACUUUCCGGUUGGAACACUACACCUCAAACAAUACCAAGGUAUCCUAAAUGGACUUAUGGAGCCGGUUGUGACCCGCAAAAAGACCACUUUGGAACGCAUAGUCAAGGAUUUCCCCAGCCGUCAGUUUAUUCUCAUUGGCGACUCGGGCGAAGCCGAUCUCGAAGCAUACGUACGGCUUGCUCUGGAAUUUCCGUCACAAAUUUUGGCUAUUUAUAUACGGGACAUUACCCUUCCUGUUGAUGCUGAUUUGUCCGAAGUGUUUCCCAGUGACAGUACCGAGGAAGAAUCAGACCUUAUAGAUCUUUCCGAGCACAAAAUCCCGCCUCCAAUCCCCCCCAAACCAGCUCAUCUUGUGCGACGAAAACCUGUGGCAUCCUCCAAUGCCCUUUUGGAGGAAGCUAAAUGCUACAGCGAGCAGGAACAUGCAAGAAGUUCAGGUGUGGGAGAAGCAAUUAUGGGUCUUGGUGUGCGCAAUGCGGCCAAGGCUGCUGCUGCAUCUGCCAUUGACUGUGCCUCCAGAAAAAUCUACAACACUGACGGUGAUAAGCCGCCUCCGCUUCCUCCAAGAGUGCGCCAGGCCACCAACCAGACUGCCCCUAUGGUGAUCAGCUCGUCUCAGGACUAUUGCGACUAUGAUCACGAUAAAAUGGAUAGCGCUGAGAAACGUAUAUACAUGUGGAAGCGCAGACUUCAAGCUGCGCGAAAGGCGCUUCCCGCCAAUAUUCAGAUUCGGCUGUUCAGGACCGCCGCCGACGUCGAGGCUGAGAGCCUGAAUCUGAUCAAAAAAGAACGACUAUUAUAA